UCCUAUUCGUAAACGAGUAUUCACUAUCGCCGCUCUCUAGUCUCCGACUCUCACUCUCCGGAGUCUCCGGUCUCCACAGUCACACUCACACAUAUCGCCGCUCUCUAGUCUCCGACCCAUCGUCUGCAACAUAUCACCGCUCCUGUGUUCAUUCUGCAACAGUUCGUCGGACGGUCUUCAAUCUCCAAACAGUCGAAUCAUAAAUAUCACUUGUUUCAGUCUUCAAUCUGCAACAUAUAAUAACAAUCGUUUGUAAAUAUCACUUGUUUCAGUCUAAUCUGCUUCUGAUGUCUUCUUACAAAGAAUCAAACGAGAAUCCGGCUGCUCAUGUUGAUUCGACUGAUGGAGAGGACGACCCGAAUCCAAUAAUUGAUGAAUCGGGUGAUACCAUUUUAAAGUGUCUUAUAAAAUGGGGUAUCCAAGACAAAAUAGGACAGACCCCGGAAGAUGAAUCUCAGGGAACAGGGAAACCGCCUAAUGCAAUGCAUCAGCCAGCUGGCAAGCAGGUCCCUUUUGCACAGCUGCUACCUGUUUUAGAAGCACAGCUUGACAAAGACCAGGCUAUGCAACUCGAGGCCCUAUAUGCUCGAUUAAAGAGCAAUGUCAUAAAUAAAGAAGAAUUUGUCCGGCACACGCGACAACUUGUAGGAGAUCAUACGCUGAAGAUGGCACUACAACAAAGGCAGUCUUCUGGAGACUCUUCAUUGGCAUCUGGAAGUAAUGCAAAGACUUCCCCAAAAAAGCCGACUGUUGGCCAGAAAAAAACGUUAGAAGCACCUGUUUCUUCGCUAAGUAAGAAGCAGAAAGUGUGUGAAGCAUUUUCGGAUCAAAGUAUUGAUCAGCAGCUUAAUGACGUAACUGCUGUCAGCGGAGUGCGUCUCAGGGAAGAAAAAGAACAAUUGUUUUCUGGGUCCAAAGAGGAUAGCCGAGUUUCAGAAGCUUCUAGAAAGGUUGCUCAAGCACCCCAAAAGAAAUUGGAUGAGAUCAAUGUUUUAACAGCGGCAAAACGUGGUGUAAAGAACCAAAGCAAUGGCGUGGAACGAUGCUUGUCACAGCUCGAGAUAGUUCAAGCGGAAUUAGAAAAAGAACAAAAGGCCCGACAAAACAUAGAAGCUCGUUUUGAACAAUUUAAACAAGAACGGGAACAAGAACGAGCAGAACAUGAGCGACAGCGAGAACAAGAACGAGUCAAACGUGCACAAGAGCGAGAACAAGAACGGGCUAAACGUGAACGAGAGCGGGCCGAACAAGCGGAAUGGCAUAAAAACAUGGAAGAAAUAUUGAAAAAGUUUCUAAAACGAGAGCGGGCCGAACAAGCGGAACGGCAUAAAAACUUGGAAGAAAUGUUGAGAAAGUUUCUAAAUAAGUAAAAAAAAAAGCUUAGAUUUGUUAGUUUUGUAAUAAAAAAACUGGCAUUUAGUUAGGAUCUUUGUUAUAUUUAUUUCAAGAUUGUAAACA